GUGUUAGCUAAACAUCAUACCGGCUCGUCCCCUCGGCAUGGCCCUGUGCCGUCCGAGAAAAGGAAGCAGAUGUGAAAAUUGGCAACUCGACCAGCUGGGGGAUUGCAUAAACGCCGGGCCGCGCCGACUGUGAACUGUCUUGUCCCGACCGUCGAGCGAGGAGAAGGCGGCUGUCUGCGGUGCGCUCAUUCGACGCUCCACGGAAAGAGAAGUGAUGGGAAACAAUGCUCUUUAACUAACGCAUCUUUUCACAACUUACCAUGAAGAUACUUGACAUGAGAACAGACUCUAACCAACAAUAAUCUCUCCUUGUGACACUGGAAAACAAAGCAAGAGAAGGAGAAAGAAAGAGAGAGAGGAAAAUAAUGACACUGAUCACGUAAUAGGAAAAUAGUUUUGCACUGAAACUCGGCGCUGCAGAAGUUGUGUGGCUUACAGUGAAGAAUAGUAGUGACUUGCACCUCACAGCAGCAACGGACUGACGCACCCACACUGAGAGUCCCGCUGUGCCGCACCUGCCCGGCCCAGCCCUGCUAGAUAUAAAGUGAUUCGUGGGGUGUCCAGGAAAUAAGCAGGAAAGAAAAGAGGGCGAUCACCUGCCUGAAGAUAUGGCGGGCGUCAUCUUAAUCCUGGCGACAGGUGUGUUCGGGCUCCUCGUCGCCGGCAGUCAGCACCUUCACAGCAUCGCAAUCACUUCGUCCCCCGCCACGUCCUCGCGCAAGAUAUGUGACCCCAUUGUAUCAGGCGUGAAGGAAACGCGGAAGCCCCUCGAGUGGUGGGCGGAGGAGAUAGAGGAUGGGCCUGAAGAAGGGGAAUGGCUCUGCAUGGAGGGCACCCAGGUCAUCUUUAGGAACUCCACAUGCAACGGCAUUCCCGACUGUGACGACGGCUCCGACGAGUACGCCAGAUUUUGCCCCUGCCCGGAUGACAAGUUCCGGUGCGGCGACGUGUGCAUCUCGUGCCUGCAGCGCUGUGACCGCGUCAGGGACUGCCUCAACGGCGAGGACGAGAUGGACUGCUUGAAUCACCGUUGCCCGCCGCGCCACCACCAGUGUGUGAGUGACGGCACCUGCAUCAGACUCGAAGCGACGUGCAACCACACCGUGGAGUGUCCCGACGGCUCCGACGAGAAGAACUGCGAGAAAAACUACAGAAAGUGCUACAACGCUGAGUUUACGUGUGACAACAUGAAGUGCUUGCGUCCCCCCGACGUAUGUGAUGGCUGGGACGACUGCGGGGACAACUCCGACGAGAAGGACUGCAGCGAGGCGGACUUCGUGACCUGCAAAUCUGGCAAGAAGGUUCACAAGACUUGGCGAUGCAACAACUGGCCGGAGUGCAGCGAAAAGUACUUCGACGACGACUCUGAUGAGCUGGGCUGUGACUGCACGGAGGAUCAUUACAAGUGCUCCAACGGCCGCUGCAUCUUCAAGGGCAACAAGUGUGACUCCAAGUGUGACUGUUUCGACACGUGUGAGGAUGAGAAGAACUGUUCGCACGUGUAUACCAAGGAGUCAGGUGUGGUGGAGUGCCUGAAAGGGAAGUCCGUGCAAGCCAAUGGCAGGUGCAUCGACGAGCAGUUCAUUUGUGAUGGGAUCCUGCACGCUUUCGGCCCUGACAUCACCGAGUCCGGCUGCUAUGACAACGAGACAAAAUCGUGCGUUUUGUCAGCGGGGCAGAAGCGGGGAAGGCCGAUGGUCUUCAACUGCAAGGAUCUGAGGUGCCUCCCGACCUACAUGCUGUGCGACGGCAGCCGAGACUGUCUGUACGGCGACGACGAGGACAACUGCGGGGAAAAUGGUGCUUGCGGGCCAGAUGAAUUCAUGUGUUUAAAUUCCAGCUGCAUCCCUCUCACAAAGCGCUGCGACGGAAACUUGGACUGUCCCUACGGCAGCGACGAAAGGUUUUGUGUCGAGGAUGGUCUAUCCACCCAGAGGCUCAACUUUCCUGAACAUGAGGCCACGUUUGAACACAUCUGCAAACCGCAAGAGUUGCGCCCCUGCCACGACGAUGAGUGGAGGUGCUCAACGUGCGGGGAGUGCAUCAAACGGUCUCUCCGGUGCAACUCGGAAGUGGACUGUGCCUACGAGAGAGACGAGCAGUACUGCGCCGACAACACGUGUGACGACGAACACUUUCGGUGCGACAGCGGCCACUGUGUGCCAAUGAGUGCUCGCUGCGACGCGGCCUUCGACUGUAGAGACAAGUCGGACGAGAAGCAUUGCGGCAGCCACAAGUGCGAGCAAGGCAGGACCAAGUGCUCGUCGGGGCAGUGUGUACCGACGGUGGCGUGGUGCAACGGCACUACCGAGUGUCCCGACCAGUCCGACGAAAGCGAUUGUAAAGGCCCUCCCGCUGAGUGUCAGCCGGACGAGUGGAGGUGCAGGAACGGCCAGUGUGUGCCCAAGGAACAUCGCUGCGUGGUGUUCCCUGACAAAACUAAGAGCUGCCUCGACCUCUCGCAUCUGCUGGAGUGCGAUGAUGAGGUGUGCAGCCACGGAAUGUUCAAGUGUUUUGAGGGUCCCUGUCUCGAUAAGAAGUACGUAUGUGACGGGAAUACCGACUGUCCUAGCUCAUGGGUGGACGAGAACGACUGCCCAUUCCAGUGCUCGAAUUCCCACUACAACUGCAGCUGUGUGGAUCAGGAGAUUAACUGCUCCUACACGGGUAUCAGAGAUUUUCCUCACGUCCAGUCCAAGAUCAACCGAUACAACUUCGCCCACAAUCGCCUGGGGGAGAAGCUACACCUGCACCCCGUGGAAGGCCACGGGGAUGUCAUUUACCUGGACAUGUGUGACAACCACAUCGUCGAACUCGGUAACGCGACACUGGCAGAGAUGAAGAAGCUCUGGAAUCUCGUCCUCUGCAACAACAACAUCCAGAAUAUCAUCUACGGCAACUUCAAGAACCUCAACGAAGUCAUUAACCUUGACCUGACAGGCAACGGGAUCAUAAAUAUCGGCACAAGAGCCUUCGAUGGCCUCACCUCCCUCAGGAAACUAGACUUGAGUUACCAGAAAAUCUACAACAUAGAUGGAGGCGCCUUCAAGGGACUGAACAGCCUUAAAACCCUACUGCUGCACUUCAACCGCCUUACCUUCAUCAGACCCAACACCUUCGAUGGUCUGGAGAUCCUCGAAACACUACACCUGACGGGCAACCAAAUAACAUACCUUGAGCCGGGAGUCUUCCACGGCCUCACCUCCCUUACCGAACUGAAAUUGGACCUCAACCCGCUGGACACCGUGGACGCGAAUGUCUUCAAGCCGCUGCGGAACCUCGUCAAUCUCACCACCCCGGAGUUUCGUUUCUGCUGUCUGCGUCACCACGCGACUCAGUGCCUGCCGGUCGUCGACGACUUCUCCUCCUGCGAAGACCUCAUGUCCGACAUGGUGCUGCGCCUCUUCGUGUGGGUGGUGGGCUUCGUGGCGCUCAUCGGCAACACCUUUGUCAUCAUCUGGCGACUCAUGUACCCGAGCGGAAACAAGAAGAACCACUCGUUGCUCUUCGUGAAUCUGGCUCUGGGCGACCUCAUGAUGGGCGUGUACUUGCUGAUGAUCGCGGGCGUAGACAUCGCCUACCGAGGGGUGUACCGCAUGCACGAGCAAAAGUGGCGAAGCUCCCUGCUCUGUCAGGCCGCCGGCUUCUUCAGCACCUUCUCCUCGGAGGCAUCUGUCUUCACGCUGACUGUCAUCACCCUGGACCGCCUCACCAUGAUCAUCUCGGACUACGGAGUGAGGCGCGUGCACGAGGGCCUGGUCAAGAACGUUAUGGUCGGGGUGUGGGGCUUUUCCUUGUUCCUCGCCGCGCUCCCGCUCAUGCCCUUCCCGUACUUCGACAACUUCUACGGCCGCUCCGGAGUGUGUCUCGCCCUCCACAUCACCAACGAGAAGCCGAGCGGGUGGGAGUACUCCGUGUUCAUCUUUCUGGUGCUCAACAUGCUCUCCUUCACUGUGAUCGCCGUCAGCUACUUGCUAAUCUACGUGAGGGCGCGGAAAAAGCAGCCCUUCAUGGAGUGCGGCAAGAAUAAGCAUGGCAAGGACCGGGAGAUGGGCCGCCGGGUCACCUACAUCGUUGGCACGGACGCCGCCUGCUGGCUCCCCAUCAUCAUUCUGGGUAUUGCCUCCCUCAGCGGUGCACAGAUACCCCGCAAGGUGUUCUCGUACGUGGCUGUGUUCGUGCUGCCCCUCAACGCGGCGCUCAACCCCCUGCUCUACACCUUCUUCACCGACCCCGUCAGGAAGCGGCUCAGGACCCUGCGGCAGAGCUUCUCGUCGUGGCACACCCGCUCCACACACUCCAUCGCUAUAUCGGGUGUGCAGUUGGCGACCACGCACAGAGGACAAGUGACCACGGAGUUGACGGACAUCCCGGGCCCAGGCAGCGACGGGAAGGUGCACACUAAGGCCGCUAUCUGCGUCUAUACCCCCGCUAACGCCGCCUCCUCCCAGGUCACUCACUUCAUCCACGAGCCACCGGACCAGGAUGCGGCGGAGAGCCAAGACAAAUGUUCCAGCCAGAACGGCGGUGACGCUGUACAGCUCCUCAAUCGACCUCGCGUCGCGCCGGACUCCAAGACGAAGCCAGCGUGCGAUACCGAAGAGGAAGCUAUCGUGCCCUUGGAGACCCUGACAGCUGACCGACCAGCCACUCACAGGAACUCCGGCCGGCACAGCAGAAGAAAGAACACAGCUGACCGGCGCUAUGACUAAAGCCAGUGUGCUUCACCUUUUAUCAUCUUGGACUGAGCUACGCGCUCCUGUGUCCGGGUCUGAACGCCUCGGGUUCUCCCCAUUGGGUUGCUUGCCUUUAAUGGGGCCAGUCCCUACUCCGGGUGUGUGUGUGUGUGUGUGUGUGUGUGUGUGUGUGUGUGUGUGUCACCAUGGUAUGAUCACGCGCUGGACUAGCGAUCGCCAGCCAGGACCCACACCGAAUGAGUUUGGAGCUCAGGUGACGGUUCUCUGGGUACUACUGGAACCUUACAUCACACCCAUUCACACCCGGAAAGUGAGACACAACCCUUGACCGAUACACUGCUGCCUAGACAGGGGGCACGGAUUAAAGGAGACUGCCCACCGCUUCCUUUCUGCUAGGGAAUCAAACCCGGGACCUCUCGGUUGUGAGACGAGUGUGCUAAUCACUGUGUAUGUGUGUGUGUGUGUGUG